AUGUCUCCGUCUUUCCAGCUCUCUCAGUCCACGCCUUCUGCUGUCCCAUGCGCUAAAUCGGCGACUGCGGAUCCAUCGAUCCUCUCUCCGCCAUUCCCGAAUCCGUCCCUCCAGGUUACCGCAGAUCACAAGCUGAAAUUCGUCCCAGCUCCGGUCUAUGCCCCACAACGAGGCGAUGUCCUCCUCCAUAUCAAGGCCACCGGCAUUUGCGGAUCUGAUAUACAUUUCUGGAAAACUGGAAGGAUCGGAGAGCUGGUGUUUCAAGGGGACUGCGUGAUCGGCCAUGAAGCAGCAGGAGUUGUAUUGAAGUGUGGAGAAGAUGUCACAGAUUUUCAGCCUGGUGAUCGCGUGGCUGUAGAGCCAGGAGUUCCAUGCGAAAAAUGCUUCCUCUGUGACGAUGGUCGGUAUAAUCUUUGCCAAGGUGUUCAGUUCGCAGGAGUCUACCCGUAUGCUGGGACUCUCCAACGUUAUAAAGUGCACCCAGCCAAAUGGCUUCACAAAAUUCCGGACAACAUUUCUUAUACGGAAGGUGCCCUCCUUGAGCCCCUUUCAGUCGUCAUGCGUGGUAUUCAAGUCGCACGCCUCCAGCUCGGUCGCAGAGUAGUUGUUUGUGGAGCAGGCCCCAUUGGACUAAUCGCUCUGGCCGCGGCUCGUGCUUCUGGUGCCCACCCGAUCGUCAUAACAGAUAUUGAGCCCAAGCGACUCGCGUUUGCGAGAGAUUUCGUCCCCAGCUGCAUCACAUACCAAGUGAGCAGAUCCUUAGACGCGGAAGGGAACGCCAAGUUGAUCAGAGCAUUGUUCGGACCAAACGAGUACAAUGCUCCUGAAACAGUUCUUGAAUGCACGGGCGUAGAAAGUAGCGUGUGCACGGCAGCGUUUACAGCUCGGAGGGGCGGCGCUGUGGUUGUCAUCGGAGUGGGUAAAUCGGUCAUGAAUAACCUUCCAUUCAUGCAUAUCUCCUUGGCCGAGAUUGAUCUGCGUUUCAUCAAUCGGUAUCGUGAUACUUGGCCACCUGCUAUUGCUUGUCUCAGCGGAGGAAUCCUGGAUCUGAAAAAGCUGGUGUCGCAUACAUUUCCAUUGGAGAGAGCUAUGGAUGCGCUCGAGCUCUGUGCUGAUCCGCGCAACGGAAGUAUCAAGGUCACUGUCUUGGAUGAGGUGGAGGCAACGCUUUAG